AUGCUUCCUGACUUUGCGCUACGCUCCGUGAUCACGGCGAUGCUCGCCCUUGUCCCUUUGGCAACGGCAGCACCUCAACCGAUCACCAAGCGCUCGACAUCAGAACUUAGCCUGACAGCUCAGCUGCGACUUGCAGACACCGCCAUCGAACGUUACAAGCUCCUCCCAAAGGAUGAAGACUUUGUCUUCAGUUUCACCGAAACCUCGCUUCCAAUUGCCAGCAGUCAAAAUUUCCCUGCCCUCGUAGGGACUGGUGUAUCCUUUAGUAUCUCGCAACUGCCAGCAUGCAGCAUGAGCUUCGUGCAUCUCCAUCCUCGUGCCACUGAGCUUUUUGCCAUUACUUCUGGCCGCGUGCUGUCUGAAAUGGUUCCUGAGGCGGGCGUUCUUGAUUCUGAAGGCCACCAACGAGUUAUCCGUGCAGAGCUCAACCCUGGCAUGGUGACCAUCUAUCCGGCGGGCUCAUUCCACACGCAAGUGAACCCAGACUGCGUGCCUGCAAAUUUCACCGCGGCCUUCAACUCCGACGAGUUUGCCGUGGGUCUUGUCGCCGCGCAGACAUUUUCUCUCAGCGAUGAUGUGAUUGCUGCCACAUUUGGGGAGACCAUCGCUGGUGAGGACAUUGAAAAGGUCCGGCAUGCUAUUCCUGCGACUAUGGCUAUCAAAGUUGAAGAGUGUUUGAGCAAGUGUGGUAAGCAGAAGCGCCAAACUUGA